GGCAAUUUGGUAAUUAAAUCUAGCUCGUGGGAUCAGAUCAAAUUUAAACGGGUCUCAUUCAUGCGCAUUUCAUUUCAAUUCAUUUUGAAUUGAAACCGCGGAGAGUUUGCAGCUGCAUCAUCGAUCAUCGUCACCUCAUGGACGGACACGAUUCACAAGACCCGAAGCAGAGCCCUGCUGACAUGACUGCCUUUGUGCAAAAUCUUCUCCAGCAGAUGCAAAAUAGGUUCCAGACAAUGUCCGACUCCAUUGUUACAAAGAUUGAUGAUAUGGGAAGUCGCAUAAAUGAGUUGGAACAAAGCAUCAAUGACCUAAGAGCAGAGAUGGGAGUGGAGUCCUCUCCAUCACCUGCGACCCCUGCUAAGCCAACAGAGGAAAUCACCAAAGAAGAGGGUUCAGCUUAAGUGGCGUGUUCUGAUUUCAGUUGCUCGUUAUUCAUGUAUUGUAUUGCACAAGGAUUGAUGUUAUGCAUCUACUUUUGUCUGCUGUAGUGGUUCAGAAAACAGAUGUGCUGUAUAGCUAUGAGUGCAUCUGAUUAUUUGUAGCUAACUCGUAUUUUUUUUAUGACUUAUGGGUACACCUAUACUUUAUGUUGCGAUUACUUUGUUGCCAA